AUGAGUACUGAUAACGGUGCGCUGACGGGGAAACGGCCCGUUGGGAAGAUGAGUACUGAUGAGGGUGCGCUGACGGGGAGAAGGCCCGUUGGGAAGAUGAGUACUGAUGAGGGUGCGCUGACGGGGAGAAGGCCCGUUGGGAAGAUGAGUACUGAUGAGGGUGCGCUGACGGGGAAACGGCCCGUUGGGAAGAUGAGUACUGAUGAGGGUGCGCUGACGGGGAGAAGGCCCGUUGGGAAGAUGAGUACUGAUGAGGGUGCGCUGACGGGGAGAAGGCCCGUUGGGAAGAUGAGUACUGAUGAGGGUGCGCUGACGGGGAAACGGCCCGUUGGGAAGAUGAGUACUGAUGAGGGUGCGCUGACGGGGAGAAGGCCCGUUGGGAAGAUGAGUACUGAUGAGGGUGCGCUGACGGGGAGAAGAGCCGCCUGCCAUAAGCCCGAGGGCGAUACGGCUUUAUUGAAGAGCCCGCACCCGCCAAGCGAGCCCCCACCAAGCGAGCCCCCACCUCCCGCCACCCGCCACCCGAGCACCCGCCACCCGAGCCUCCUGCCACCCGAGCCUCCCGCCAACCGAGCCCCCACCUCCCGCCACCCGCCACCCGAGCACUCGCCACCCGAGCCCCACCACCCGAACCUCUCACGACCCGAGCCCCACCACCCGAACCUCUCACGACCCGAGCCCCACCACCCGAACCUCUCACCACCCGAGCCCCACCACCCGAACCUCUCACCACCCGAGCCCCACCACCCGAACCUCUCACCACCCGAGCCCCACCACCCGAACCUCUCACCACCCGAGCCCCACCACCCGAACCUCUCACCACUCGAACCUCUCACCACCCGAGCCCCACCACCCGAACCUCUCACCACCCGAACCUCUCAGCACCUGAGCCCCACCACCCGAGCCCCACCACCCGAACCUCUCACCACCCGAGCCCCACCACCCAAACCUCUCACCACCCGAGCCCCACCACCCAAACCUCUCACCACCCGAGCCCCACCACCCGAACCUCUCACCACCCGAGCCUCUCAGCACCUGAGCCCCCCACCACCCGGGCACCCGCCACCCGGGCAUCCCCAGAUGCUACCAGAAACUUCUAUCAGAAACUCUCGUGGCUGCAGGCACAUCACAGGAAGCUGCGAUACUGAGAGGGGAAGUGGAGGGGAAGAUGCACCUGGGAGCGUCUCCCCCCAGGCUGGGCGGAGAUGGCCGGUGAUGGCCUUCGUUCUGCGGGACUUUUCCACUGAGCUUCUCUGA